AUGACACUUGAAGAACUUAGAGAAAGAUUGAUUGCAGAACGACGAAGAGAGGAUAAAGAGUGUGUGAAUUUGAUACGUCGGAAUGAUGACUUAAGAGAAGAGAAUCUCAGAUUACAAGCACAAAGAUCAAGAAGCGCUACGCGAUCAAGAUCAAGGACCAGCAGAAGUUCGUCAAGACAAAGUCAAUCUAAUCGAACAAAUGUUAGGCGAGAGCAAACAUUAGGUAAUAUUGAUGAGAACUUACAAGUAGACGAUAAUCUACAAGAACAACGCGAUGAGAGACGCACAAUAUAUGACCGAUAUGAGAAACCACGUGAGCACUGUCGCCGACAAGAAGAUCAAAGGAACAAUAGAUUUCAAGAUGCAGCCGAACGUCAUCAUCCUCACCGUGAAUCAGAUAAUGAUGAAGAAGAUGAUCCGGAACAAGAGAGAAUUAUACUACGUGGUAGACAAAUAUUAAGGGAUCAAUAUGAACGCGAAUAA